CUCCCUGUUCCUCUUUCCGUUCUGACUCUCUUUCCCUACCAAAAAAGCUUAAGAAAAAAAAAAAGGAAAAGAAUCACCCCACCUAACUCUUGAAACAUCAUUUCUUUUCCUUUCUUUUUGCCCUUUCUUGGUAACUUUGCUUUUGAUCAUAGCUAAAACAUACAUGCCCACAACUAUACCCUUUUCACUAGCCAAAAUACCUCAAAAACUUCUCUUCUUUUCUUGAUAGUUGAGUACUCCCCUUCUCCCCUAACACCCCACCCACCACACCAUUUUGGAUUUGGAGUAGUAGUAGAAAACAAGUUACUACUCCAUAUUUUGAUUAUAGAAUCAAAAUCUCUUUUUUCCACCACCUACAAAGCCUAUAGAGAAUUCCAAUUUUGUCUCAUUUUUUGUUUGUUUGUUCAUUCAUACAAUGAAACAAGCACAACAACAACCUUUUGCUGCUCUUCCAAGAACAAGCAGCUACAACAAAAGCUCCAAAAAAAUUAUACCUGCUAAUAAUACUUAUCCAAGAUCAAAUUCUUCAAUCACACAUGAAUAUGCAUCAGACAACAUUUCAGAUAAAUCCCUCGUACCUAAAAAUAGAAACUCAUCGUCAUCAAACAACAGUUACAACAGAUUAACCAAAACUCGUAUAGGAGUAUCAGCAUUAAUCAAAUCACUAAUCAACAUUAUCUCAUUUCCAACUAUAGUACUCCCUGCAUGCAAAUGGCUUAAUCUCCCUACACAAUUUUCCGUCACGUCUUCGUCGUCGCUCGGCAGAAAAGUCACCGGAACCCUAUUCGGUCACCGGAGAGGACACGUCAGCUUCGCUGUACAAGACGACACGAAAUCCGAACCGGUGUUACUAAUCGAGCUCGCAAUCUCCACGUCAUCUUUAGUGAAGGAGAUGUCGUCCGGUCUCGUGAGGAUCGCGUUGGAAUGCGAGAAAACGGCGGCGCGUGGGGGAGAUACGGCGGCGCGUGGAGGAGAAAACCGGCGGCGCGUGGGGCAGUUACAGGAUGCGGAGGGGCGUGUUCGGCGAGUGGGUCUGUUUCAGGAGCCGGUGUGGACGAUGUACUGUAAUGGGAGGAAGUGUGGGUACGCGCUGUCGAGAGCGUGCACGGAUUCGGAUUGGCACGUGCUGAGUACGGUGCAGAGUGUGUCGGUCGGGGCGGGUGUGAUUCCAGUGGUGGAUGAUGCACGGAAAAUUAGCGCGGCGGAAGGUGAGUUAUUGUACAUGAGAGCUAAAUUUGAACGAGUUGUAGGAAGUCGUGACUCGGAAGCUUUUUAUAUGAUGAAUCCUGAUGGUAAUGGAGGACCUGAACUCAGUAUUUUUCUUCUUAGGAUAUGAAAAA